AUGGAAGCUAUGUUUUCAUGUGGCAGAGUUGCAUUUGCAAUCAUAGCAAUAUUAUGUUGCUUCACUUCCCCUGCAAUUGCAUGCCCCUUCCCUGAAAGAAAUCUUCUCCUGGAUUUCAAGGCAGCCGUUGUAGAUGAGUAUAACAUUCUCAGUUCCUGGCACGGAUUCAAUUGCUGCACGUGGAGAGGAGUCAGUUGUAAUCUCCGCACAGGCCAUGUUUCUCGACUGGAUCUGAGUGGAUACUAUUUGGAAGGUAACAUCAGUUCGUCGCUGUUCCAACUUGCACAGUUGGAGCACCUCGAUCUCAGUCACAACUCCUUCAAGGGUAAAUUCAGUCCUCCCCAUAAUCGAAAGUUGAAGACUCUCACUUUUCUUGACUUGUCAUUUGCUGGAUAUGUAAAUGAAACCUCUCUGGGUUUUGUAAGGGAAUUUUAUGUGAGUUUGGAAAGCUUAUCAAAUCUGGUGAGCUUGGAAUACCUCUCUCUUGCUGCAGUGAACAUCUCUGAAAGCAAAGAGUGGGGUGAAGCUGUUGGCAGUCUACCCAACCUUCAAAAACUCCACAUGUCUGACUGUGAGCUUGGAGGACCAAUUCCCAAUUCCCUUCUCAACCUCACCUCUCUCCUUCACCUCGAUCUCUCAGAGAACUAUUUGUCAGCACAAAUACCAGCUUGGUUUGAAAAUAUGACUGCCCACUUGCUCUCACUUGAUCUCUCUUGGAAUGAUAAUCUUGGAGGAGACAUUUCUUUCAUUGGACAACGAGAGUCUUCUUUGUCACUAACCAGCAUUGAUCUUUCAGGGACAGCCAUGAAGGGCCGAAUUCCAUCUGCUGUAGGAAAUAUCUCAUGCUUGGAGCAUCUUCAUCUGAGAGAAAGUAGAACUGAAGGUGAGAUUCCAGCUGCUGUAGGGAAUUUGUUGUCCUUGCAAACUCUUGAUCUGUCAGAUACCAGAAUCGAAGGUGAGAUUCCAGCUGCUGUAGGGAAUUUGUUGUCCUUGCAAACUCUUGAUCUGUCAGAUACCAGAAUUGAAGGUAAGAUUCCACCUGCUAUAGGGAAUUUGUCGUCCUUGCAAAUUCUUGAUCUGUCAGAUACCAGAAUUGAAGGUGAGAUUCCAGCUGCUAUAGGGAAUGUGUCUUCCUUGAAGAGUCUUGACCUGUCGAAUACCAGAAUUGAAGGUGAGAUUCCUCUCUCCAUAGUCAAUCUCUCUAAACUUGUUUCUUUGGAGCUGUCCCACAACAAGUUAACUGGGGUAAUCCCACCUUCAUUGGACUCACUUUCUUCCCUUGUUAGUCUUCACCUUUAUGCCAACGAACUGAAUGGUAUGAUUCCAUCUACAAUUUCAAAUCUUGUUCACUUAAGAAGCCUUUGGCUCGACUCCAAUAGUUUAAGCGGCCUCAUUUCCCUUUCCGUAUUCGAUAAUCUAACUAGACUUAACGACCUGUAUCUUUCUUACAAUCACUUAACUGUAAACAUUGACUCAACAUGGAUUCCGCAGUUUAAGCUUUCCUUUUUGGGACUAGGUUCUUGCAAUUUAGAUAGAAUUCCAUCGUUUCUUGUGACCCAAUAUGACUUGAAAGUUCUGGACCUAUCUGCUAACAGUAUCCAAACAAAUAUUCCAUCUUGGAUAUGGAACUUACCCAGCCUUUAUAGUUUGAACCUUAGCUGUAAUCAAUUAACUGGGUCAUUGCCAUCUAGACUAACCUUACCCAUGUAUUUUGACUAUCUAGAUUUGCACAAUAAUAGCUUAGAAGGUGCUCUUCCUCUUCCUCCUGCUGGUGCUUAUCUGCUAGAUCUGUCGAUGAAUCAGUUUAAUGGUUCUAUUCCUAGUCACAACGGUGCGUAUCUUGAAAAUGCAAGGUUCUUAUCCUUGUCGCGGAAUAAUCUCAGCGGAGCGAUUCCAGAUUCUAUUUGCACUCCAUAUUUGCAGGUUCUUGACCUUUCAAAAAAUACGCUGAGCAGUGUCAUUCCUCCUCAUUUAACCAGGAAUUGUUCUUCUCUUAGUGUUCUAGACUUGGCAGAAAAUCAUCUGGAAGGUAAAUUGCCAGCAGAGUGGGGAAAAUCAUCUGGAAGUAUCCCAUGCCAGGUAAUUGGCCUUCCGAAUAUUCAAAUUCUGGAUCUUUCUGGCAACCACCUUUCAGGAGCUAUUCCAAGCAACCUUACAAACCUGCUUGCAAUUGUCAAUGCAUCGCAGAAUAAUUCAAACCAUUUGGAAGACGUUAGAUAUACAAAUAAAAUUACAAUUUCCUGGAAAGGCUGGGAUGUUGAAUUUGUGAAAGUUCUCUUUAUUCUUAAAUGUAUUGAUCUUUCAAACAACAACUUAUCAGGGAGCAUUCCUUCUAAAAUGGGAUCUCUUCAAGGCUUGAUAGCCCUUAACCUUUCAAGGAAUCAUCUCAGUGGCCGAAUCCCAAAAACAUUGGGACACAUGGAACAACUAGAGUCUCUGGACCUCUCGUUAAACAGGUUGAAUGGCAACAUUCCCUUAGAACUUGAGUUCCUGAGUUAUUUGGAGUUCUUGAAUCUAUCUUACAACAUGCUUGAUGGAAAAGUACCCCAUGGAGGACAGUUCCUAACUUUUGGGGAGUCGUCCUACUUGGGCAAUCUUAAGCUAAGUGGGAUUCCAUUUACCAAUAUAAGCGUCUGCAACAACUCUUCUGGCUAUGGCAACUGCACAAGUAUUGAGAGAAUUGGUGAAGCAAAGAAUUCAGAUGGUGAAAUGAUAGGAUGGGCAGUCGGACUUGGAUUGAGUUAUGGUUUGGGAUUCUCUGUUGUGAUUGGAGUAUUGACUUUAAAUAAGAGGGUGAGAAAGAGAGCCUUCGAUUUUUAUGAUGUUGUAAUUUUAGCUAUUGAUGGGUGUAUAAGAGGGCCUCCCCUCGAGAAUAGAACACAGAACUCUGGUUUUGAUGAAAGAGGUAACCAGGUAGAGUCAAAUAAUACAGUAGUUGCAGAUGCAGAAAUAAUGGAAGUGGCAGUGGGAUUAUGUUAUGGGAUCUUUGUGAGCGUUAACAAUAUUUACCUGCGUUAUCAAUAUUUACCUGCUUCGUUUUUCUGGAUGGUGUUGUUUAGAGUUUUGCAUACGUUUGUCAGAGCAUUUGCAACCGUGCCAGCUCACCACAUAGCUCCCAUUUUGGUACAAGCUGGAAGAAUGCUAGGAAAUAAAAAUUGCCCAGAGGCUGUCAGCAAACACAAUUUGAAUGCUAACGGAAACGGGACAAACGGCAACGGAUGGUGGCAAAGGGAAUGGGCCCACACCUGCCAUACUAAGCGGUCAACGCUUAGUGUGUGCUGUUUAAGGGUGGCCGUAUCUUUCUUAAAUCCCAAAAACAAUGGGACGCAUGGAUCAGCUAGAGUCUUUGGACCUCUCGCUAAACAGGCUGAAUGGCAACGUGGGGCAGUUUCUAACGUUUGGGGAGUCGUCCUACUUGGGCAAUCCUAA